AUGUUGUCAUUUCUCCACAAAAAGUAUAUUUACGUAUUCCGCACGCUGUUGUUCGGCUUUGUAACGCUGCUCGUUGUGGUUCUCAUAAUAGACGAUAUUGCAGAAGUGGAGGAAGAAACUGCAAAUCCUGGACAUUUGAAGAAGAUGAACUUGCAUCGGGCCAUCCCUAAACCACAUAGAAAGGCCACGGCACAUGUCGAUCCGACUGCUGUGACGAGAGUGAGCAAAGAUGUAAAGCCCGUCGGUCCAAGCUACAAUCACACUGCCAAGCUUUCUUCAAACAACUGGACUUUUAACAAGACGCUCUCCAACCUCAUCAGAAAGAAUAUUCUAAGAUUUCUGGAUCCAGAGAGAGACAUCUCUAUUCUGAAGGGUACACUGAAGCCGGGAGAUAUCAUCCACUAUGUGUUUGAUCGCCACAGCACCACAAACAUCUCAGAAAAUCUCUACCGUCUUUUGCCAACUGUAUCCCCUAUGAAGAACCAACAUCACAAGCGCUGCGCCAUUGUGGGGAACUCAGGGAUCCUGCUGAACAGCAGCUGUGGGCCCGACAUCGACUCUCACGACUUUGUUAUCAGGUGUAACCUGGCUCCAGUGGAUGAGUUCUCGCAGGACGUGGGCCGGCGGACUAACCUGGUGACCAUGAACCCUUCAGUGGUGCAGCGGGCCUUCCAGGACCUGGUGAGCGAGGAGUGGAGGGACCGCUUCCUUCAGCGUCUCCAGAGCCUCAGCGGCAGUGUGCUGUGGAUCCCAGCCUUCAUGGCCAAGGGGGGAGAAGAGCGUGUGGAGUGGGCCCUUCGUCUCAUCCUGUCUCACACCCCCCGAAAUAUUGCGCAACGCCACUGCGUGGACGUGCGCACCGCCUUCCCCUCGCUGCGCCUUCUCCACGCCGUCAGAGGGUACUGGCUCACCAACCAUGUCCACAUCAAGCGUCCGACCACUGGGCUCCUCAUGUACACAAUGGCCACUCGCUUCUGUGAUGAGAUCCAUCUGUACGGCUUCUGGCCCUUCUCACACGACCCGCAGGGUAAACCGGUGAAAUACCACUACUACUACUACUACUCUAACUUGAAGUACGAGUAUACGUCCAGCUCCAGCCCUCACACCAUGCCUCUGGAGUUCAGGACCCUGAGCGCGUUGCACAGACAGGGGGCGCUGCGGCUCCACACUGGAACCUGUGACGCCGACAGGAGACCGAAGGAGCUCCAGAGCAAGUAGCUGACAACACAUCUC